CUGUUUAUCCAGAAAAGAAAGAACCCUGCAAAGCAGUACCGGUAACGACAACGAAAACGAUAGAAGCUACUCAAAUAAUCCACUUUCGUAUUCCUUCAAAUAUACAAUAUAUCCAGAAUAAAGGAUGGACCUCUCUUGGUGUCCUACCGUCCUGUGUAUCAGAAUCGUUCUAUGAAUUCCCAAGGUGCGCUUCCAAGAAGCCGCAUCAAUCUCCCCAUAAUACUCUAACCUGCGCAUCCAAUAUUAGUCCGUCCAACUCCCCCACAUUGCAUCCACAAACAUCCUCUUCAACGACAAAUUCCAUGUAUUGCGAUAGCGACUAUUAUUAUUAUGCCAUAAGAUCGGUUCCUGACUCGGAGGAAGAAGGUGGUAGAUUGUCAUCGUCACCAUCAGAGCUCUUGCAACUGUCUCGAACGCUGUCGAAGAGUAAGACACGAAACGUGGUACCGAUGACAUACUUGUCUUGCAAAGAAACCAUAUCGCCACCACCGAUCCGGAAGAAACGAUCGAUUCUGGCGAAUAACUUUUUUGCACAUUAUCUAUAA